AUGUCCUUCAGACUCAAUCUCCCGGAUGGCCGUGCCCAUAGAGAGGAGGACGUUACCCAAGCCCGACUGGCCGCCAUGAGAAACCCCACGCUUACCGCUGCCACUCCACGAGAAGGCACCCCUAUGCCGGGAGACAUGAGGCUCGACGGCUCCCUUUCCGUAGAUACUUCGUCACCUGCCCUGUCGCCUGGUCCUGGCCGCCGACAUGUCGUGUUCCCAGACCCUGUUGCUUUUAGAUAUCUCUCUGAAGACCCCUUAGUCCAGAUUGUCAAGAGCCGAGGCGAACUUAGCGGUUACGAACUGUACCUCGUCGAACAAUGGGCGUGCUCCCGACAGUCCCCGACCCUCGUCAUCGUCACCUACACCGGCGAUCCAAAGUCUUCAGUGGUGGUGGGUGUACUUUCUGUGCCGGCAGAUGAGGAUGAAUGGUCCCCACGACUCAAGGUCUACUUCAAGGCCUUGCAGAUAUACCAUGCGAGACCGAAAGAGACGGAGCUGGGCGAGCUGAUGGUCACCAACCUGAGCAGCUUUCCCUCGGCCCUCACCGUCAUAUUCGUGCCGGAUGGAGACAUCAAGAGGCACAGACAGGCCUUCAUUGUGAACGAGAACUUGAAAAGGACGGGUUGCUCAGGUCGCUCCGGCAUGACCUUGUCGGACCCUACUCCAGCCACGCAGGCCAAGUUUUAUACUACGUACAAGAUCCACGAGAAAGUCCCCUUUUUCGAGGCUGUCAUGGAUCUGGUUAAGCUUUGUCAAGUGGCACUUUUCAUUUUUGGCAUGCUGGACCAAGAGUAUAUUGAUGGUCUGCUGUGCGACAUCACCGAGACAGCAGUUGGUAACUGGUGGACUGAAGUCGGAUCCGAGUACUACAAUAUGGAGCCAACGGACGGCAUCCUGGGCCCUACUACUGUAGCAGCGCUGCUCGGCAUGCUCAUAGGUGCAAGAAAUCGCCUGAGCUCGUACGGUGUCACCGUAGCCAAAGAUGUCUUUGACAUCGACAGCACCAAGCGUGGCAUUGGGCAUUUUCAGAAGUCUCAUAAACUGGAAAGGACUAGGAGACUCGACCGUCAGACACUUCUUCAAUUGCACAAAUCCACAGCAAAGGCUGCCGCGGGUGAAGAAUGGGGCGUGCAGAAGGCAAUAGGCGCUACUGUGUCUCAAUUUGGCAAGAGAGGUGAGAUCUUGAGCGGUGUCAUUGGAACUCGUGAAAAAGCUGGCAUUGGAGAGAUCGAGACUGUCGACAUUGACAAGUUCAAAGAGCUGGUAUCUGGUGAGAGGGCAAAAUGGCUCUGGCAGGGAAAGCCUCGAAGACUUGCUCUGGAGCACCCUGAGCGAUCGAUACCAGACAUGACCAACAUGCUCAAUUUUGGCAAAGAGGAUGAGAAGGAGCGCGAGAAAGAAAAAGAGAAGCACAAGGAAAAGGACAAGGACAAGGAGAAAGACAAGGAGAAGGAGAGAGAAAGAGAGAAAGAGAAAGAGCUUGAAAUGCCGAGUCGUACUACAACGCAUUCUUUCGGAUAUGAAGACUUGGGUCCUACCCUGCGUACGAAGGAGCAGUCGAGCACUAUGUACUCGGCACCCACGCCGGGCUCUAGCCUUAGCAUGGCAGAAACCACCCCCGGCGGCGAGCAAGGUCUACACAAAGCGGUCUUCAGGAGUGUCGCGGAUCGAGUGAGCGACGCACGAUCCAGACUCGGCCGCAUUGGAGACGCCGUAGGUGGCGGUCGCAAAGGGCAUUCGAGCCGCCCGUCCAGGGACGAGACUCCAGAGACCGGAUACACUAGCCCUAGCAUAGGAAGCUUGAUCCAGUCCUCCGGUGCUCUGUCCAGUCCUGUCAUGUCAGGCCGGGCUUUCACAUGGAAGAACAAACCCGAAGAAUACGCGAACGUCUUUCAACGAAAACACCCUGAUGCCGAACACCCUAUCAGCGAAACAACCCAAGGGUCUAGGGCCACCACCGGCGCACAGCUGUCGCCACUCCAGGAAGCACGAAAUUCGGUCUCAGAAGCUAUAGGCGUUGGCAAAGACUUGGCCGGCGACGUGUCGGUAGCUCCGUCUACAGUUGACGAGAACGACUUUCACAGGCUAUUCCAGGUAUCUGAACGCAGCGGAGACGCACGCUUCUCGUUGCUACAGAGACGACAUAGUCUGGCCAUAGCGACGGGGCCCAUGGAGCAACAACUAAAUGAAGACCGCUGGCCACGACGCAUGUCAUUCAGCGCCGCUUCGGAGGCCGUUCUCCGCUGGGACGAGAUCGUCGACCUACAAGAGGAGCCCACCACGCUUGAGGAUCACCUCGCCUCCACGGAACUUGCACAAGCCCUUCACGCGCACAUAUUCAACCUCUCCAAGUCCCUCUCGCCCUGGGUAUCCUCCAAGAUUGAGACUGUGGAAUCCCUCGAGGAGACAUACGCUACGCAGCAAGACACCCUCCAACAGGCCUACUACGCGCUGUCGGACGAGUACCAGAGGGUGAAGCAGAACUCGGCUGAGAUGAUUGCCGAGGAGAAGGGAAGGGUCACCGAAGCGAUUAAGGAUGUGGAGGUUCAGGUCGCAAAGCUGGAGUACGAGAUCAACGCGCUGGUCUCGAAAGUGCAGGACGUCGAGGACGGCGUGGCGGGCUUCGAGGCCAGCGUCGUCGACGUGGAGAUCAGGGCCGAGGAGCUGAAGAGCCAGCUCGAGACCGAGAGCUGGCUACAUUGGGCGGUCAGGACGAUGACGGGUAUAGGGACGGGUCCAAACAUCACGAGGCAGGGCUGA